AUGCAGUUACUCUCCGCCUAUGAUUGUCUGAUUGUCAACGGCACUGUCGUGACAGCUUCGGAUACAGCUUGCUAUGACAUUGCCAUCAAGGAUGGGAAAGUCGCGCUGCUCGCCCCUACGGGUAUCUUAGACCAUAAUGCGGCCAAGCGCGUCAUCGACGCAGAAGGUGCAUAUGUAAUGCCCGGGGGUAUCGACGCCCACGUCCACCUGGCAGAACCCCAGCUCUUUGGCAAGGGACGCACCGCGGACGACUUCACGACCGGUAGCCGGUCCGCCAUCGGCGGCGGCACGACGACCAUCAUCGCGUUCGCGCCUCAGGAUAAGAGGGACGAGUCUCUGCUCCCCGCGUUGGAAGAAACUUCUCUUAAAGCGCUCAACAGCACUUACUGCGACUAUUCCUUCCAUUUGCUCAUCUCAAACCCCUCGCCAGUCGCCCUCGACGAGUUUACUCUCCUCCGAGAUCGCGGCAUCUCAUCGGUGAAAAUCUACAUGACUUACGAAGCCCUACAGCUCCGGGAUAACCAAAUCCUCGAUGUCCUUCUCCGCGCCCGCCAGACGGGGAUCACGACCAUGAUCCACGCCGAAAACGGAGAUGUACUGGCCUGGAUGACUGCGAAGCUCGAAGAGCAGAAUCUGCUUGCUCCAAAGUAUCAUGCGACUUCGCGGCCGCAGCUUGUAGAGACCGAGGCGACGAACCGCGCGAUCGCACUGGGACAACUAAUCAACACUCCAAUCUUGAUUGUGCACGUUUCAUCUCCGUCAGCGGCGGAGUUGAUUCGAAAUGCGCAAACGAGGGGCAUCCCCGUCUAUGCGGAGACGUGUCCGCAGUAUCUCUUUCUGACUCGAGAUGAUCUGGAUAAGCCCGGUUUCGAGGGCGCCAAGUGCGUGUGUUCACCGCCUCCUCGCGAAGGAAAGCAGGACCACGAGCAGAUCUGGAAGGGACUUCAGAACGGAACAUUUACGAUCCUGUCGUCCGAUCAUUGUCCUUUCUUCUAUGAUGAUAGCGAGAUUGGGAAGAAAGGUGCGAUCACAGAGGAUGCGCCCGUCGGACGAUUCAAGUACAUUCCGAACGGGUGUCCUGGGGUGGAAACACGAUUACCCUUGGUCAUGAGCGAGAAGAGAUUGCCUGUGCAAAAGUUCGUCGAGGUGACGAGUGCCAACCCGGCCAAGUUGUAUGGCCUUUAUCCGAAGAAGGGCGCGUUGAUUCCGGGCGUGUCCGAUGCCGAUCUGGUCAUUUGGUAUCCAGAUUCCAUGCAGCCCUUCAGCAUCACCAAUGACCUGCUACAUCAUAAUGUCGAUUAUACCCCGUUCGAGGGCAGAAUGGUCUCUCAAUGGCCACGGUACACACUGAUUCGUGGGGAAGUGGUGUGGGAUCGAGAUAAUGGGGGCAUCGUGGGCAAACCCGGCUAUGGCCAAUUUAUCAAGAGAGAGCGUAGUGUUUGGGCAAGUGCCGAGCUCCCAGCAUGGAAUGUGGAGGACUUUUGA